CCAUCUUCCGGAAGCUAUAAGUCAGCUGCUCAGUGGCUGUUUAUUUACCUCAUUGCCAGAAUGAUGGCGAAUACUCUCACACGAUAAGCGAAACAAUUUCUGAAGUAUUUUAGUCCACUAUACAUACUUUUAAGAUGAAGGCUGUGUUUCUACUUCAGACUUUGCUCUUGGUGGGGGUUGUGCUCAUAAACCAAGUGGCAGCGAAGAAUUCGGAAGACAUUCGUUGUAAAUGCAUCUGUCCACCAUACAGAGACAUCGAGGGACAGAUCUAUAAGCAGAAUGUGUCGCUCAAAGACUGCAACUGUCUCCAUGUUGUGGAGCCAAUGCCAGUUGAUGGAAAAGAUGUGGAGGCCUACUGUUUACGUUGUGAGUGUAAAUAUGAAGAGAGGAGCUCAGGCACUAUUAAGGUCACCAUCAUAAUUUACCUGUCUAUUUUGGGGCUGCUGCUUCUCUACAUGGUCUACUUGACUCUUUUGGAGCCCAUUUUGAAGAGACGACUGUUUGGACACUCACAGCUCAUCCAAAGUGACGAUGAUGUCGGGGACCAGCAGCCUUUUGCAAAUGCUCACAACGUCCUGUCUCGUUCACACUCUCGACCAAACAUGCUGAACAAAGUGGAACACGCCCAGCAGCGCUGGAGGAGGCAGGUCCAGGAACAGAGAAAGUCGGUGUUUGACCGCCAUGUUGUUCUUAGUUAAAGUUGGAGAGGACAACAAAUAGAACCACACACACACUGUGACAGAACCUGUGACUUUAUCAAUUACUUUUUCUCAUUUGUGUUUCUUUUAAUGUAAAGCAGAAGUUGAUCAAAACGGACAGCACAAGAGAUUACGAUGAUUAUUUUUUCAGUUAUUACACUGUGUUCAAUGAUGUCUUUCCAAGAAGCAGAAUGAAAGAAAACUCCUAGUCUCAAGGAAAUAUAUCAUGAAAAUGUGACAUUGCAGUUUAAUAAAUGGCAGAUAAAACCCUGCUAAGCUGGGUCCCACUCAUAUUAACACUAAUUAUUAUUCAUCUAAAAAUCAUUUUUACAUUUUCCUGUGUGAUAGCUAAUGUGUUCAAAUUCAUAUUUCAUUGACCUCAGCAUAGGUGCAUUUUUUUGUUGAGCACAUUGUUGUGUUUGUCCAUUUUCUGGUGACUUUUUAAACAUGUUCUUACCUUCGUCACCCCACUUGAGCACACAGAGGGAAGAAAGUUAAUCAGAGACAACUUGUGAGAGAAAAGGUGUGGUCGUAUAGAAGUCUAACUUUUGUUAUCAAGGUCCCAAAUAACCUUUGUUGUUGAACACUAAUCCUCCAUCACUGGAACACUGAAGUUAUUGUAGUGACUGUUUGAAGGAGGCCCGUGAAAGUGGUCACAACAAGCAUUGUAUGUGUACUACCUUUUUGACUUUGGAAUAAAUUGAUGUAAUAUUUGUGA